GCCGGAGUGUCCGGCGUGGGGGUGGGGGGCGGCGCCCUCGGCGUCUCCGUGACUGCGCCUCCGCGCCCCGGCUUGCCGCGGCUCCCGGGAUGCGCGGAGGCGGCGGCGAUGGCGAUGAUGCCUCUAGCCCUGCAUCCUCCCGGGCGGCGGGCGGAGCUGGGGUCCGGGCUGCGAUAUGGAGGAGGAGGGGCGGCGCUGCGGCCACCGGGCAGGCUUUUCUGCCUUGGGCCUCUUUUGUCAAAUAUCGCUCAUCUGUGAGUUGAGGCCCUGACUCCCUUCACACAGAAGGAAGUCAUCUCUGAAGAUGAACUCAACGGACCUCCCUCAGGCUGCUCCCAACACUACCCUGCUACAUGUGCCUCACUCCCAGGGAGAAAACAGCACUGCUCUCCAGGAAGACCUCCAGGACCUCAUCCACACGGCCACCUUGGUGAGCUGUACCUUUCUGCUCGCAAUCAUCUUCUGCCUGGGCUCUUACGGCAACUUCAUUGUCUUCUUGUCCUUCUUUGAUCCGGCCUUCAGGAAAUUCAGAACCAACUUUGAUUUCAUGGUCCUGAACCUGUCCUUCUGUGACCUCUUCAUUUGUGGCGUGACGGCCCCCAUGUUCACCUUUGUGUUGUUCUUCAGUUCAGCCAGCGGCAUACCGGAUGCUUUCUGCUUCACCUUCCACCUCACCAGCUCCGGCUUCAUCAUCAUGUCCCUCAAGACAGUGGCGGUGAUUGCCCUGCACCGGCUCCGCAUGGUGUUGGGGAAGCAGCCGAACCGCACGGCCUCCUUUCUCUGCACGUUGCUCCUCACUUUGCUCCUCUGGGCCACCAGUUUCACCCUCGCCACCUUGGCCACCCUGAAAACCAGCAAGUCCCACCUCUGCCUUCCCAUGUCCAGUCUGAUUGCCCGAGAAGGGAAAGCCAUCCUGUCUCUCUAUGUGGUCGACUUCACCUUUUGUGUUGCUGUGGUGUCUGUGUCUUACAUCAUGAUUGCUCAGACCCUGCGGAAAAAUGCUCAAGUCAGAAAGUGCCCCCCUGUGAUCACAGUUGAUGCUUCCAGACCACAGCCUUUCAUGGGGGCCCCUGUGAAGGGAGGUGGAGAUCCCAUCCAGUGUACCAUGCCAGCUCUGUACAGGAACCAGAAUUACAACAAACUGCAGCACGUUCAGACCCACGGAUACACCAAGAGUCCCAACCAGCUGCCAACCCCUGCAGCCAGCCGGCUCCAGCUGGUCUCGGCCGUCAAUCUCUCCACGGCUAAGGAUUCCAAGGCGGUGGUCACCUGUGUGAUCAUUGUGCUGUCGGUCCUGGUGUGCUGCCUUCCACUGGGAAUCUCCUUGGUGCAGGUGGUUCUGUCCAGCGAUGGGAGCUUCAUCCUUUACCAGUUUGAACUGUUUGGUUUUACGCUUGUAUUUUUCAAGUCAGGAUUAAACCCUUUUAUAUAUUCUCGGAACAGUGCAGGGCUGAGGAGGAAAGUGCUGUGGUGUCUGCAGUACAUAGGCCUGAGUUUUUUCUGCUGCAAACAGAAGACUCGACUUCGAGCCAUGGGAAAGGGAAACCUCGAAGUCAACAGAAACAAAUCCUCCCAUCAUGAAACAAACUCUGCCUACAUGUUGUCUCCAAAGCCCCAGAAGAAAUUUGUGGACCAGGCCUGUGGCCCAAGUCAUUCGAAGGAAAGUGUGGUCAGUCCCAAGAUGUCUGCUGGACAUCAACACUAUGGUCAGAGCAGCUCAACCCCCAUCAACACUCGGAUUGAGCCGUACUACAGUAUCUAUAACAGCAGCCCGUCCCAGGAAGAGAGCAUCCCACACAACUUACAGCCAGUAAAUUCUUUUGGAUUUGCCAGUUCAUAUAUUGCCAUGCAUUAUCACACCACUAAUGAUUUAAUGCAAGAGUAUGAUAGCACUUCAGCCAAGCAGAUUCCAGUCCCCUCUGUUUAGAGUCAUGGAGGCUAGAGAAUCUUAUGUAUAUGUUUUUGUUUCUGAUACUAAUUGAUUUUUUAAAAUUCUGUGAGACCAGAGAUACAUCAAAACUUAAAGACCUAGACAGUUGACACUAAUGACUUCCUUUUGUCUGAAGUAUUAGCAUCUAUUGGUUUGCUUUGUAGUUUCUUGACAUUUUAAGCGUUGAUGUAAAAGUUUAUUAUUUUACACCUGACCUGUGCUCCAAUCUUUUGUACUAAACUUUUAAAUAGAUGCCAGGGAAUGAUCAUGCUACUGUAUUAAAGUAGGGAAUGAACUGAUUACGGUCAUUUGAGUCAAUGUUAUGGUUCUUUGAAGUAAGUAUGAGCUGGAAUUUUUAAAGAAUGUGAAG